AUGUCCAAACGAGCUACCGACUCUCCGCUUCCCCAGUCCAUAUCUCCCAAGAAGCAGAAGAUACGAGACGCAAAUCUUGAUACCGAUCCCGCUUCGUCGCUUAAGAAUGUUCCCGAGGACGCUUCGCGAGCUACUACAACAACAGAAAAUGAAGAAGACAUUCCCGCCGCGACUUUAGAUUCCCAAGACACCAAAGACGAAUAUUCCGAUAUCGAACAUAGCGUUGGGGCUUCCACAAGCAAGAAAAUAAAAAAGAAGCAGCAGCCACCUGUUGGUGACGGAUUUGAUGACUUUCGCCGAGACAUUGAUAUACCGCCAGUGAACCCAUUCUGGGGAAUCAAGCCCUUGCCUGGUAGUCCUCGUCCUGACCCCGUCCAACCAUCUGCUCGUGAGAGCAACGGUCAAACCAACCCACCUCUAUGGGAAGAUCGCGGUUACCGUUACAAGCGUGGGUCUCGUUACGUCAAGUAUUUUGGUCCGAUUGCACCAGACAAUGUGGACGAGCUGGAGGAAAACCUUGACCAAGAAGACCUGCUCAUCGUCAAGAUGAUUGACAUGCGACCCAAGAGCAGGAAAGAUCCAACACCAAAACGGAUGCCAAUGAUCUACUGUUAUGGUAAAGUGCCUCGAGAUUGGAACAAUAUGCAGACACUCAAGGCUCUUAAUGACCGCCGCUACCAAGCCAUCGACCGCACUACCAUGGACGCACCCUGGACCCGCAUCGAGCGCGAGUACCUGGCAUCUCUCCUUCAAGAGGACCCCGACGCGUCGAUUUGGGACCUGACGGAGCGACACAACGACCGCUUCAUGAACAAAGAUUUUACCGGUGAGACGGGGUUUGAUUUCGGCAAUCUUUCUACCGGCCGGACUGUGGAAAGUGUGCGGUAUGAAUACACGACGUUCAAACCCCUAUACGAUAAGGGUAAGGUGCCAGGCAUGGUAAGAUGGCGCGGUGACCAGUCUCCCGAGGCUAAAGCCAUACGGGCAAGCGGGCGGGCCGAGCGAGCAUUCGGCCCGCCCAGCAGAGUACUCCAGAUGGCUCAUGAUGCUGAGAACGGCGGUGCGGAGGAUGACGAGGAUGAGGGAAACGACGGGGAUGACGAGGAUGAAGAGGCGCCAGAGACGAGCACUACAAAGCAGUCCAAGUUCCCAAAACGGAGCAACUCGCGACAUGAUGCAUUCCCAGGCCAAAAUAGACUUGGCGACGAUGAAGAAAUGCUUCUAGAGCUUGCUGGGGCAUACGACUCUGAGAUUCCCGAGUCGCCUAGUCCCGGUAGGUCAACAAGUCCGCUCCUUGAUUAG